GUCUGCCUGUCCUGGAGUUCUCGGAGGCCGUCAGUAAGGGUGUCUUCACGGGCUUGCAGAUCGACGGUCUCUCGGGUGCCGUUCGAGUUCGGCCCGAUCGCCUCGCGCAUACGCGGCAGGCUACACUCGGACUUUUACGACGUGGGCGGGCAUCUGCGGGGGCUCUCAGCGUGCUGGUGGGCCACUGUAUGAUCCUGAGGCGGGAUGUCUGGGCGAUCUUCAACUCAGUCUAUAGGUUCAUCAACGUGGCGGGCGCUCAACCCGAGCCUCUUUGGGACUCCGUUGUUAGGGAACCUCGCGCCGCUGUUGCCUUGAUCCCCCUCUGGAGCGCCUCUACUAGGUCCAGGUGGUCGUCUAGGGUCUACGCGUCUGACGCGUCGACGUACGGGAAGGGCGUGCGCGUCAAGGUGAUCCCCCCCGACCUGGUCUCAGAGGUUGGCCGCGUGGCCGAGAAGUGGAGGUGCCACCAGGGCUCCAGUGCUCUCGCGAGGCGGCUCUCUGGCGUCACCUUGGCAUGCGGGCUGCGGCUGCUGGUCCGAUGGGUGCCCUCUGAACGGAAUGGCGCCGACAAGCCGUCGAGGGAGGGCUUCUUCGUCGGGCCGAGCUUCGAGGACUUCCUGGAGGGGCAA